GGUGAAUGUUUUCUUGGCAUAUACUAUGCGUUUUCUUCUGGAUUCGAAAUGUCGUAUCACCGAUGGCUCCUGCCUGUCGCCUUAUAUUCAUAGCUUGGACCUGCCACAAUGCGGCAAUAGAACCCUCAUACAGGCUGGGAUAAGUGUGUGUCAAAUAAGCUGCCAUUGUUAUGGUGAAAGGCACUUCCACUGCUAUCCCUUUUUACACCCAGCAAUAUCGCCGAGGUUGGUUUCAUGCAUGUACAUAUGUUGUACGUGUGGCAAUGGCCCAGUGGCAUAUCAUCUCCAACCCCGGUGCAGUGUAUGUAGUCACACAGUCUGUGCAAACUGCCAGAUUACACAGAUCUUUUAGGAAUUUAGACCCUUAUUCAUUCA